ACGGUCAUCGACGGCCAUCUGCUGCCGCUGCUAUCAUUCAUGCGUCUCAAAAUCUCGACAGUUCAUCCGGUGAGCCCAUUCAAAGCAUGGUUUGCGCUCGAAGCUCUCGAUGAUGAGGUCCACACAAUCGCGCAACUUAAACACGCGUUAUGUGCACGGCUGCCCAUUAGCAUGGAAGCCGAUAACAUUACUCUCGUGAUGGACGAGUAUGACCUUCUGGACGAAAGUCCCAUAUCCAUUUUACGUGACGGAGAGGUUGUUUGCAUCAAACGCGCAACAGCUCCAUCCCGACCUGGGUUGUCGAGUAACAAGGUGUCCUUUCCUGCCACUCAAAAGCGUAAACGCCAUGCAUCUACGUCCUCUGAACCUUCCUCCAGCUCGUCCUCGAGUUCUAGCUCAUCAGACUCCUCGGACGACUCAUCCAGCUCAUCAGACUCCUCGAAUUCGGACUCGGACUCGGACUCUGAUUCAGACACGGAUGCCCCAGAACCCUCACGGAAACCCUCUGGGAAGCGUGUUGUUGCCACUACAAAAUCAAAAACUCUGCAAGAAAGCAUUUCGUUUAUCCCCCCGGGUUACGGUAAGACUUCCACCCGCAAUCGCAAUCUCCGCAGACGGCGAAAACGUUUGGCGGAGCACAAUCAUCCCCCUGACCAACCUCUAGCACCCACCUCCGGUGCCAAUGCCGUCCUACCCCUUCCUAUUCAGCGAUCGUCCUUAGCACGUACCUCCUCCGAAGCUUACGUUGCUGAUGCAGAGCCCGAGUCUGAGCCCAACGUGAUGAUGGCGUCCCUGCGAAACAAAAAUAAGAAAAAGAAUUUCCGUCAGCUCAUGGAUAAGCCCCUCCCUCCAAAGAUUGUGUUUGCGGAGCUUGAAAAUGUCCCCGCACAAGCUGAACCUCCGGAUCAACAUACACCUACUAGAACUUCUACUUCGGAAAAAGUUUCAGUCCCUCCCGUUAAGCACGCAAGGCUGAUUCCUCCUUCGGAACGGAAAGAUUUGCCGUUGAAUAUAUUCAUAACGAGUGUAGAUGUAGAAGAGGGUACACGGCCGAAGAAAAAACGGAGAGCGAAAGAGGAGCCCGUCACCACUUCCUACGACGAUGGAUCGCGCACUGCCAAUAUCACUCUCGAUUACGGUUCGGCUGAAGUACCAAUGGCAAACCCAGCCGAAGCACUUCACCUUCGUGCGGAGCAGCAGUGGGACUUACUUCCAAAAAUAUCCAAUGUGUCACAAGUGAAAGCAGACAACAUCGUUGCAUACAAAGCCCUUGCCAUCAACCCCGUGACGUGGACACCCGAGAUGUUGAUGACAGUCGCUCGCGUGAUAUGUAUUUCUUCCACGCACAUCAUUACUUCACCUUUACAGCGCCCUGCCCAAGUCUCUUUCGGUGGACUGACGGAAGUUACAGAAGUUGACGAAGAGGACCAGACACAUACCUGGGCAGAUGUUCUGUCCCAGGACUGGCGUGUCGUACGAUGAGGCCGAAGUACAGGUGAAAUAAUUAGCGCCUGUUGUCUGUAGUACGUGCUAUGUAGCGACAUGUCGUUUGUGCGAUAGACACGGUGCUUCGCACACUUGUUAG